AUGCCGCAGCGCUCCAACCAACUGGUUAUGAUGAGUGGAAGGGAUGGGGACGAAGGCCUGAACAGACGCUUGGUUAUACACAAUGUUCAUCUAGAUCUUGACGACGAUGGACAUGCAGGCACCGAGCUAUACGAUGUUGUCUGCGUGGACGGCAUAGUCGAUACCAUCAGCCCUGCGGGGUGCAAAGACACCGAAUUUACCGACCUUGCAGACUCUCCCGAUCGUUGUGACCUUGAACAGCUUGACGCGGAAGGGCGGGGAAUUUUACUCCCAGCGUUGUGCCACGGGCAUAUCCACCUGGACAAGUGCUUCCUCUUGGACAAAUGCGAUGACCUAGUGUCAGGAGACUUCACAGAAGCGCUGAAGGUCACAGCGAAAGCCAAAAGCGCAUUCCCCGCUGACACGGAGGAUCUGUAUGACCGGGGUAAGCGACUAAUCACGGAGAGCGUGGAGUGUGGUGUCACGUUGAUGCGCGCCCACGUCGAGGUGGACCGGACUGUCAACAUGUGCUGCCUGGAAGCUGGUCUUCGGCUGAGGGAGGAGUUUCAAGAUAUCUGUGAUGUUCAGAUUGCAGCUUUUGCACAGGAUCCGUUAUUUGCCUCCCUGGACGACGAACACCCAGGGAGGAAUCUUGACCUCCUGCGCAACGCGUCCAGACGAGCUGGGGUACAGGCAGUUGGCUCUGCGCCCUACGUCGAGCCCAGUACAGAGCAUGCCAAACGCAAUAUUAAGCUCAUACUCGAUACUGCAAUUGAGAACCGACUGCACGUGGACUUCCACCUCGAUUACAAUGUAGAUCUCACCUCCGAACCUCUGAUUUGGUACGUGCUCGAGCAACUGCACGAGCGAAUCCGUUCUGGGCGAUGGCACGCAGGCGCACAUGUGUGCAUUGGGCAUGCAACGCGGCUGACACUGUUCUCCGCAGACGAGUGGACGAGGUUCUGCCAGCUCGUCUGCGAAAACGACCUGCCUGUCACGCUCGUGGGUCUGCCUCCGAGUGAUCUGUACAUGAUGGGCAGAAAUUUGCCGCAGGCACCCAGGAGCACGCUCAAUGUGCCAAAGUUGGCUAGGGAAUAUGGCUUGAAAAUCGGCAUGUCGGUCAACAAUAUUGAGAACGCUUUUACGCCUCAAGGCCCGUUAGACCCGCUGGCGUUGUGUCCUCUUGGGGUUGCUAUCUUCCAGGCUGGAACGAGGCAAGACUGCCGUACUCUUCUCGAAGCCGUCACGCUGAAUACCAGGACCGCAAUCGGGCACGCGACCAUGUCUCCCUUGACCGGUGAAAGCACGUCAACGUGUGGGCUGGUCCCAACCAUAGGCAAUGUUGCAGACUUCGUGCUACUUCACGAUAAUGAAACGGCGUAUUCUGCUGCACUGAAUCCGUCAUACUCUCGGACUACGAUAAAGGCCGGUGUAAUCGUUUCUCGCAGGCUGGCCAAGAAAUGGUUGCGAGAAAAGAAAACAGUUCAAAGUCUCUGA